ACCAAGGCUAUACCAAAAAAAAAAACCGUAAAAAGGUUAUACUCGAACAUUUGAAGGAACUUGUAUUGUUUUAAACCUUUGUUGUUUGUCUCUUUUAUUUUUAUUUUUUUUUUCUUCUACUUCUCUUUGAAUUUUAAGAAAAAAAAAUAAAGUCUUAUUACACAAAGGGGUCCCAUUUCCUUCACGAAUUGUUCUAGCUUCGUUUUGGUUGAUUUUUAGUUUUUCUUGUUUGUUGUUUACUUUUUCAUUUUUCAUUUUUUGAUUUGAAACAUUCGCUUGUUUCAUCUCUAUUGCUUUUGCUUUUCCUUUGGAUAUUUUUUUUGAUCUCAUACUUUCGUCAACAACGUCAACAACCUUUGUUAUUUUUUAAAAGUCAUUAUGGUUACUACAAUUAACGUCCCCGCCAACCAAAACGCCCAACAGGUCUUUGGAAACGGCGCUUCCGAUGCCAUCUUCAAGGUCGCCAUUGUUGGUGCUGGUGGUAUCAACUUUGGUUCCCCCGAAGGCCCUUGGAACAAUGCCCAACGUAUUGAGCAAAACUUGGGUCAACGUCUUCGUGUCUCCGCUUUAAUCAAUCCCAUUCCUAGCGAAACCAACCGUAUUUUGGAUGCUAAGCGUGAUUCCAAGGUUGCUUACGCUUACGACGAAACAAGAAUGUUCACCUCCAUGACUGAAUACUUGGACUAUCUUUCUAGACACCCCGAAGAAGAACCCAAUGCCUUCGUCAUCGGUAUUCCCCCCGACUUCCAUGGCUCCAACAAAAUCGGUGCCGACAUGGAAUUGCAAAUCGUCCGUCAAUUUCCCAAGGCUGCCAUCUUCAUCGAAAAGCCCAUCUCUGCCGCCGCUGUCGAGGACACCUUUGAUGUCGUUCGUCAACUCGAACAACACCAAGCCAUCAUCUCCAUCGGUUACAUGUUCCGCUACUUGAAGGUUGUCGAGGCUGCUAAAAAGUAUAUCCAAGACAAUAACCUAAAUAUCGUUUGCACCAUCGCCCGCUACAACUCUUCCUACAUUCACAACUCCAAGGCCUUUUGGUGGUACGUCUCCAAGUCCGGUGGCCCUGUCGUUGAACAAGGUACCCACUUUUGCGACUUGUCUCGCUAUUUCGGUGGUGAUGUCGAUAUCUCCACCGUCAAAGUCAACCGUGUCCUUUCCAGCGACCCCGUCGGUAAGCUUUCUGCCCUUCCCAUCGAUGAAGAGGCUAUUCCCGAACAAGAGCGUGUUCCCCGCUUUACCGCUGCUUCCUGGAAAUACAAGUCUGGUGCCGUCGGUAUCUUAGCCCACAGUAUCAUUCUCCAAGGUACUCAAUACGACACUUGCUUGGAACUUCAAGCUGACGGUCACUAUGUCCGUAUUGUCGACCUUUAUGGUACUCCUAGAUUGUACAUCCGUUCUCCUGAUUCUGAUACCGAACGUAUCGUCAACUUCCCCGACGAUGAUCCAUACUACUCUGAAUUCGAAGCCUUCAUUGGUGUUGCCGAGGGCAAGCUUCCUCGUAGCCGUAUCUUGUCUGACUUCGAGGAUGGAACUAAGACUUAUGAACUAACAAAGGCCAUUACCAACUCUUAGAUUAUGAAAUUCCCCCUAUUUAUAGUGUUAUGAAAUGAAUGUUUAGGUAUUAGGUGAUCCCCCUUUCUUAGGUUUGCUUUGGGUUUUUGUUUCACAAUUUUUUAUGUUUUUUCCCCAUUCAGUUGCCUUUUUUCUUUACCUUUUAUUUUUAACAUUCUUGCUUUUUAUUUUAUUCCUACUUUACAAAAAAGUCGGUAAUGGAAAACUUGUUUAGGUCUUUGGAUCCUUGUUUUCUUCCUCCUUUUUUUUUUGUUUAAAAAAAAAUAUAUGUUGUUAUGAAUGAAUAUCUUUCUUUUUCCGA